AUGUUCUUUUCUUCAGAAUUGCUGGAGCGUCGAGACAGUGGCUAUGGGUUGCUUUGGCUUGCCGCUACUCUUGGCGCCAAGUCGUCAUUCAAGAGUCUCCCCAAACGUUCCGUCUUGAAUGCCGAUAUCUCUCAGCUAUGCGGGCUUAUCGCAGAGCCCCCAGAGCCCCUCGCACUCCGGCUGUCUAGCAAUCUCAUGAUCGGCAACAUCGAUCUCCGCCAUCCCACCCCACGACCCAUUCUGGUGCUAGUCAAAGAAGACAUCUUCUACGCCGAUGUGACAACCUGCUUCAACUCGCUCAAGAAGGCCGUGCAAGAAAUGACUGUGGUAUCUGCCAGCGCUGCGCAACUUCAAAUGGGCCAGCCUACCCUACGGGCAGAGGCGAUCACACUGGCCGCAGAUCCCGCCGCAGCGUUCAGCAUCACCGUCGAUGGCAUGUUCUUGACCUGGGGAAAGCCUACUCAACAAGAACAAGACUCGGACGAUGACUUCGACCCGAAGGGCAAAAAGCCAAGAUCUACGAGGCCCCAAGGAGACACGAAUGCUCCAUCGUCCGCCGUCCAAGAACAAGGUAGAGCGUUGCAUACCCUCGACGACCGUCACCGCAAUGUUCUUUUUGGUGCCAUCGGGGCAUCGCUCACGGGAAGUAUACAUGAGCCUCCGGGAUUUGCGGCUUCGUCCUCGCAAGCCGGCGGAGGAUUCAGUCUAGACGACAUUUUUGAUCUUCCAGAAGGCGCAACUGGGAUCGAUAUCGGGGACGAGUUGGCGCGAGAACUUGGAGAGGGCUGGGGAGGCGCCGAUCUUCAGCCGCCUAGCGCGCAAGGAGCACAAGACUUGAAUGCUGCUCUCGCGGUUGACAUGGGUGACAUGAGUAUGCAUGAUGACUUCAUAUUCAAUCCCCCCGGGGGUGCUGAGAGCUCGCCUCCACGUGGAGAGCCGAUGUUGCCAGGGAGCCUUCCCAGCCCACAUCUGCAGGAACCACUACCCGAUGUUACCUCACAACCGGGGGCUGAGGGUCAAACACCUCAUUCCCCACAACGCAAGGCGAAGCGGGCGAGGUUGCAGAUAGACAGGAGGAUCGAAUUGACGGACGAGGAACUGAAGACUGCUCGCGCGAACUACGUUCAAAUGCAGGAACACCUCAACCAGGAAGUUGCUCAGAAGAAGAUGGACAGGGACGCCAAUAGAAUCAUCGAAGAAAUGAUCUGUGGUGCUCCCCGAGGCGUGGAAGCUCCGCUACUGGUCGACUUUUGGUUGGAAAAUUUCCGGUUGCACGUGGGUGCACGUUCUGGGAAACUUCACAUUGAAAUGGAAGGCGAACCACCAAGAAAACGACUGCGGAUUCAUGACCUCGACACCGACGCGCAAACUGUGCGUUCUCCUGUAGCAGAGAUGGAACCGCACGCUAUGGAUGUUGACCAGACCUUCAACUUCGAGCUCCCUCUUAGUGAUCAUCAUCAUCACAUCGGGGACGAGAUCUCCAGGAUGCGCUCUUCAGAGGAGCCCGGCCAAGCCCGUCGCGGAUCCCGACCUCCAUCAGCUCUUGGGAGUCAUCUGGGAAUCAACUUGGAGCCGGCGCACGACAUCAUCUCUGGAUCCCAGCGUAGCGCACUAUUCCCCUGGGAUCACGCCGGCCCCAGUUCUUCCGUGGGCGGUGGUGCCGGUGAUGCUUGGAAGUCAGCCAGCAAGCGCAACAGCUCCCACGGGAGCAGGCGCGAGAGCUUUGCGAUCCCGGCCGACAGCAACAUACAUUCAUCACCGGUUAAUUUCGAUUUUAGGAGCUCAGUGGCGGGCGGAGAUGACUUUCAUUUCAACGUACCGGACGCUCUUGAUGGGCCCGAGGAGUCCCAGCAGUCCAACAUUUUGACCCUAGAGAAGAACUCGUUCAAUUACCUGGAAUAUGUGAAGAUGCAGAUCAGUGCAAUGCCGACUGGAAAUCAAAAGCUCUGUUUCGAAGAUGUCGUUCCGAGCGCGACGAGCACGCGGCGUGUUGCGGCGGCGGCGUUCUACCACUGUCUUGUUCUCGCCACCAAGGAUAUGCUGAGCGUGCGGCAGGACGAGCCGUACGGCGAGAUGGAGUUGAGAGUGAAGUGA